AAAAUGUCAGUUCUCUUCUACCUCAUUUUACGCUCAGAAGAACCCAGCCGAGCAGCAAGCAAAAAUGCAGCUUUCUGCCAUUGAAUUGGGUUCUGUCACUUCUACUACUUGUCUAGCCCUUCUUUUCUCUGUGUUUACUUCUCUUCAAUGGCAGAUCAUCCAAGGCGACGUCGUCUCACCUAAUGUAACGUUCCCGGCGGUGUUCGUGUUCGGAGAUUCGAUUGUAGAUACAGGGAACAAUAACUACCUCGUCUCUGUGGCCAAGUCUAACUUCCCUCCAUAUGGGAGAGACUUCCCAGAAAGGAAAGCUACAGGAAGGUUUUGCAACGGGAGGGUACCAUCAGAUUUCUUAGCUGAGAACCUAGGAGUUAAGAAUCUGUUGCCUCCUUAUCUUGACCCAAAUUUACAAAUAGAAGACCUCCUUACUGGUGUAAACUUUGCGUCAGCUGGAGGAGCAUUUGAUAUUGUGACUCCUGCAGUAUUGUCGGCCAUACCACUGUCGGAUCAACUGAAAAUGUUCAAAGAGUACAUAGAGAAAGUGGAGGCAGCUGUGGGAGAGGAGAAGACGGCAGCUCUCAUAUCCGAGAGCAUGUACAUGCUUUGUGCAGGCAGUAACGACCUUGCAGGUUAUUUCAUUACAACGGCCAGACAGUUCACUUACGAUAUCACUGAAUACACAACUCUCAUGGUACAAUUAGCUUCAACUUUCAUUCAGGAACUGCACGCUCUUGGGGUAAGAAAUAUUGGGAUAGUGAACACUCCACCGGUAGGGUGUGUGCCUUUCCAGAGAACCAUUGGCGGGGGAGUAGACAGAGGGUGUUCAGAGAAAUUGAACGUAGGAGCAAAGCUCUUCAACGCCAAGCUAUCUUCCGAGCUUGAGUCACUUCAGAAUAAACUCCCAACCGCCACGCUUGUUCUUCUUGAAGUUUAUCAUCCCUUACUGGAUAUUAUCCAAAGGCCUCAUGUCUACGGAUUUGAGGAGGUUAUGAGAGGAUGCUGUGGUACGGGGAACGUAGAACUAUCGAUACUAUGCAAUGACUUAACUCCUUUUACAUGUUCAGACGUCUCCAAUUACGUGUUUUGGGAUAGUUAUCAUCCCACAGAGAAAGCCUACAAAAUCCUAAUGGAUGCAGUUACACAGGAUAUCAUAAAAAAGUUCUCUUAAGGUAAUUAAGUUAAAUUCCUCUGUUAUCUAUGAUUUUUCUCCCCUUAUAAAACCAUUUCAAGGUGUCGCAAUUUCACUCCACAGUUUGUAUCAGCUCUCUGUAUAGCCAUAGGUAGUAAUAGUUAUCACACCAUCUUUCUAUUAUCGUGUAUAUAGGUAGAUUUUUGGUCAAUUAGAUGUUUUCUAUCGCAUAAGUUGGGGGCCUAUCUUUAUAAAAAAAAAGAGAUUCAGCCCAGGCCCCAUCUGUUUAAGUAUUGGGCCUUAAAUUUUGUCA